AGUCCGCGCCGUUUAUCGUUCAUUUCAUAUGACUUUGCUUUCUUUAGUUCUGAGUUCGUAUGCGUUAUUUCUUACUCCGCCGGUCAUCACCGAAGUCUGCAUGAAGAUGCUGCGGAGGGGAUACGUUGCCGUCGUUUUGGUCAUCCCGUUGGGGUGGAUUUUUGUCCACCAGGUUUGGCCCAGCAGCCACGUCUGGGUGCCAGCAUUGAUUCGGGGAAACCAGACCAGAGACCACGGCCAUUCUGCCAGCCUGCCCCCCAUCUAUGUCAUCACGCCGACCUACCAGCGUCCAAUGCAGAAAGCCGAACUGACUCGUCUCACCAACACUUUUCUCCACGUGGCUAACCUUCACUGGAUCGUGGUGGAGGACUCGCAAACAAAGACGUCCCUGGUCAGUCGUCUCCUCCAGGAAAGUGGACUCAACCACACUCACCUCAACGUGAUGUCGCCUCGAAACAUCGACCGUCGAUCCAUCAGGGGGCUAUCACAAAGAAACCUGGGCUUGCAGUGGCUAAGGAGUACCUUCAAUGUGAGGAACCCAAAUCCUGGUGUUGUGUACUUUGCCGAUGACGACAACACUUACAGUCUGGAACUGUUUGAUGAGAUGCGAUGGACCCGAAAGGUCUCAGUGUGGCCCGUCGCAUUUGCGGGGAGUCUUCGGUACGAGUCCAUCAAAGUCAACGCCAAGGGAAAGGUGUACGGCUGGGAGGUUGCGUACGCCCCAGAGCGAGCCUUUGGCAUCGACAUGGCUGGCUUUGCGGUCAACCUGCAACUCCUCCUGUCCAAACCAAAGGCUGAUUUCAAGCUGCAACCGGGACUCCAGGAGGGCAGCCUACUCCUGGAUCUGGUUACCCUCGACGACCUGGAGCCCAAAGCAGAUAACUGCACCAAGGUCUUGGUGUGGCACACCCGCUCAAAAGCGCCCGACUUGUCCGGUGAGGCUAGUUUCAAACACUCUGCCAAUAUGGAGACGUGACAUCCAUGAUGCGGAAGGACGGUGAAUAACGUGGAUAACUGCAGCGGAACCCGUUACAGCCGAAGGAAAACGUUCAUGUUUAGGAAUUUUUUUUCCGGCAUCCACAAUCCUUAUGUGAGACAUGAACGCACAUCCUUCUCUUUGCUGUUAUGAAGAUAUAAAAACAGAUGAAAAGAGGCGGCUAAGAAUGGGACGCACUGGGAAAAAAAAAACGCCAAAUUGUACCAACAAGACGCUAUUUCCGUAACGUGACCUGCAUAUCGACCAAGCUACGGAGAUACGAGGAGAGUGGGCAUCCUUCCUGGAGAUGAACGACUCUCCGGAAAUCUCUCCAUCUCUUCUAUGGAAAACUGCUAACGCUAUCCUACUCAUCACACAAGGACAAGGAAACAAACGGAACUGGAAAAACUCCAACAUCCAACAUUCCAAUCAUGAAUACAGGAAGUGAACAAAUGUAACAGUUAGUGAUUGUAAAAGUACCAGAUGGAGGGGUAGGAUUUAAUAAGCUUUGCUUCUUCCUACUCCUUUUGGACAUGUGGAACUGGGAACUGAUUAUGGGAUGCACUCAAUUGGAAUCUGAUGCAUGUUCAAAUGAA